UACUGUCGACUACGUCGCACUCAGCCCAGGCAGCCCUACUCAUUGGUCGCACUGCAUAAAAUAUUCGAUAUUAUUUGCUAAAAUGGCUCACCUCGUUUCGUGUUUACGCCGCUGCGUUAGUCUUACUAAUCUAAACCUGUUUAACGGUGUCCAGGCUAUCCAGACAGCGUCUUAUCACGAGCGGGUUAUCGAUCACUAUGAGAAUCCGCGCAACGUGGGCUCGCUAGACAAGAAGGAUAAGAAUGUUGGGACGGGUUUGGUGGGGGCACCAGCGUGUGGCGACGUAAUGAAAUUGCAGAUAAGAGUUGAUGAUAAUGGGAAGAUCAUUGAUGCUAAGUUUAAGACCUUCGGCUGCGGCUCAGCUAUCGCCUCCAGCUCUCUGGCUACCGAGUGGGUGAAAGGCAAGACUGUAGAUGAGGCAUUGAAACUGAAGAACACAGACAUUGCUAAGGAGCUCUCUUUGCCGCCUGUCAAGCUACAUUGCUCUAUGCUUGCUGAAGAUGCCAUUAAAGCAGCUCUUUCAGACUACAGGAUCAAGCAACAGGACAAAAAGUAAAGAAUUUUGAUGUAAGGCUCGGAACAGAUCUGUGAUUGUAAAAAAAAAAGUAGGCAAGAAGGAUUGGACAUGUCUAUGAUAAAUUAUCUUUAGUCUUAGAACAUAGUCAUAGUCAUUUUGAUUUAAUAGUGUUGUCAACAGCAUCGUGUAUAGAUAUUAUGUUAACAGUUAGGCUGAAGCAAGAUGUUUGUUUUCAAUAAAGUUUAUGCUGAAUUA